UGUUGUUGUAGCUGCUGCUGUUGUUUUUGUUGUAGCUGUUGCUGUUGUGUUGUUGUUGUUGUAGCUGCUGCUGCUGUUGUGUUGUUGUUGUUGUAGCUCUUGCUGUUGUUGUUUUUGUUGUUGCUGUUGUUGUUGUUUUUGUUGCUGUUGUUAAAGUGCUUACACAGGUUUUGGGUGGGUGUAGUUUAACCCUCCUGCCUGCAGGUGGCAGCACAGUGUUCACUCUCACUACAGGAAGGAGGAAGAACACAGACCGGGAAAAACACAACACGGUGGCAAUAGUAACAUAAUAAGCGCUCAGAUAGAGCUGGAGAUUCAGUUUAGAAAACUUCCUAAGCUCUGUAUGAAACUAUAACAUACACACUCAGACACAGCUGUGUAUAAACAUUACAUCCGGGACAUGUUCCUGAAGCAGUGAGUGGAAGAUGAGCUGAAAGUUGGAGACUCUUCAAACAGCUUUGAGCAGGAAGAACUUGGAGAAUAAUUUAGGAAAGAAUGGCUGUAGAGCCAGCAGGUGGCGCUAGGCUCAUACAGAAGUUUAAACUACGGCUGAUAGAUGCUCUGUGUGGAGAUCCUGACUUUCUGCUCCAGCACUGCCAUUCAUCCCGCUUACUGACCCAGAAAGAAUAUGACCGCAUCAAAGCUUCUGCAGUGCCAUGGGAUAAAGCUCGGGAUAUCCUGGAUUACAUGAUGAGCAAAGACAAAAACCGUGUUCAGAUAUUCCUGAGUCUUUUAAAGGAAAAAGAUAUACAGGAGGCAUUUCCUAAACUGGAAUUUCUCAAAGAGCUACCUCUGAGCCAAUCGAUCGCUACAGGGAAGAAGAGGAAGAAUGGCAAAGAAAAGCAACCAGAAGAAGAAGUUCCCAGAAAGCAGCCACACAAAGUAAAAAAAAGAAGCAGGACGGUGACGGAGAAGCAGCUCAUGAAGGUGGCUCGCCACAUUGGCACAGACUGGAAGGAGGUGGGCAGGGUGGCGCUGGAGAUCUCCAGUGUCAAGCUGGAGCAGAUCGUAGAGGAGAACCCACACAGCCACAGAGAGCGGGUGUUCAGCAUGCUGCGGCUCUGGAGCAUGCGAGAGAAGGAAUUGGCCUCGGCCACUCGCCUGCACUCACUCCUCACACAGGAGGAAUUCGCUGUGACGCCCGGGAGCAUCGACUUCCUGCUUGAGGAGAGCUAGUGUUAGAAUCACUGCUUUCUGUUCUCAUUACACGGAAUUACUAAGGUGGAUGUGUGAUGAUGAUUUUAAGCACCUGUAAAUAUUAGAUCAUAGUAGGAGGGUCUCAGAGUAGUUACAUGGACAGAUUUACUUCCUUGAUUUUAUUUUAUUUUAUUUGUUGUAUAUAAAGCCACAAUUCAAGAAUUUUGUCACAUGCGCUAGCUUUCUAGUUGGCAUGUUCGCACAUGUGCUGCAGUAAAAUAUAAAAAAAUAUAUAUUUUUUACAAAUAUGGUUAAAAAUACUGAUACAUUCCGAAGGGAUUCAUGGUGCAAACGGAUCUCUCAGGAACAGAUUUUAGUUUUUCCAUAAAUUUGCACGUGUAAAAAGUAUGUUUUAUGUUAGUAUGGAUUUUUUUUUUUUUGUAUAUAAAGUUCUGUGCUUUGUAUAUUUUGUAUCUCUUAUAACAUUUGUACUUUUGUACUGGUUGCAUAAAAAAAUAUAAAGAAAAUCUUGAUCUCA